AUGCCUCAAUCCAAGGCGAAAGAUAACUCAAAAUGCUCUGGCAUAGCUGUUGAAGCAACUACUUCGGCCACAUCUCCUGCGUCCACCGACACCAAACCACCCACUGCGGACUAUGAAAUGCGUCCCAAGGCCUCUGAACUUGUUCUGCCUAGGUUCGACUUUGAACGUCAUCACCCUUACACCCCAAACGCAUCAUUUUCAUCCGCUGAGCUUUUUGAUGAGCUCUUAAGAGAUGAGGCGACAAUGACUAUUGAAGAGCUUGAUAAGAAGUACAAAUUCUAUAAAGAAGGCCCUGCUAAGCCUGUUCCUGCUCAUAGGGCUAUGGCGAUAUUAAUGGAAGAGAUGGGGUCAAUCUAA